AUGGACACUAUUCAAAGAACUCCGCCCGUGAUUGAGUUUUUGCGCGACCGCAUCUACUUAGGCGCGUUUGAUGUACCUCCCGAAGACACAAAUGAGAUGGUACACUUCACGAUUGACGAUUCGCUACCCUAUAAUGCAUUCCAUCACGACUUUGGGCCACUUCACUAUGGAUAUUUGUACCGGUUUGCAGUCAUUUUGCACGGUAUUUUGAAUGAAGAAUCUAAUGAAGGCAAGGCAGUAUGCCUUUAUUCCAAACCAAACCCUCGUGAUCGUGCUAAUGCUGCUUGUAUUUUGUGCUGUUACAUGGUAUUGAUACAGUCAUGGCCACCUCACCUUGUGCUUGCUCCUAUUGCACAGGCAGACCCGCCUUUUAUGCCGUUUCGUGAUGCUGGAUACGCGCCAGCUGAUUUUGUGCUUACAAUUCAAGAUGUUGUUUAUGGGCUGUGGAAAGCCAAAGAAAAACGGUUUUUGGACAUUGCCAAUUUUGAUUUGGAAGAGUAUGAGCUAUAUGAAAGAGUUGAUCAUGGUGACUUUAACGAAAUCCCUCCACACUUUGUUGCCUUUGCAUCCCCUCAGCAAGAAGUUUAUGAGACUACUCUUAACUAUCCCUUCCAACAGGUGUUGGAUUACUUUACAACGCAUAAUGUGCAACUGGUAGUGCGUCUCAAUAGUCACUUAUACGACAAGAUGGAGUUUGAGCAGCGCGGCGUCAAGCACAUUGAUUUGAUUUUUGAGGACGGUACCUGCCCUACCAUGGAGUAUGUGCAGGCCUUUUUGGGCGCUGCUGAAGGUGUAAUUGCGCAACAUGGAAAGAUUGCUGUACAUUGCAAAGCUGGACUCGGACGCACAGGAUGUCUAAUUGGCGCGUAUUUAAUUUAUGCGUAUGGGUUCACUGCUUCAGAAGCUAUUGCUUAUAUGCGUUUCAUUCGACCUGGUAUGGUUGUUGGUCCACAACAGCACUGGCUGUAUUUGCACCAAAAUGAGUUCCGUGAAUGGCGGCGUACUAUGACAGUGUCACCAACAGCUUCCGAGAAACUUGCAGGGUUUUGUCCAUUGGUCCCACGUACAGUUGCAGCUCUUGCGCUUCAUGACUCUGCUACUAGCUUGACUGGUGUCCGUGGCUCAGCAGCACAUAUCCGUGCUGUCGGUGGAUCUUUACCUACAUCUGCAUCUUCAACUCCUCGCACGCCUGAGCGCAGCAUACUUGGAGAGGUUGGUGAGACCAAUACCAAUUCUGCAUUACCAGUUCCAACACCUGGUCAGCCACGCAAGGGUAGCCCGUCUCCAGCACAUGGGCAACGCGGGGGUUCAUACUAUACAAACCAUCAUCAUAAUCACCAUCACAAUCAUAAUCAUAGUCACCAUAGUCACCACAACCACACGCCGGCAGCGCGGGCGCGGCACGAGAGCGUGGAGGAGGUUGGUGAUGUUGGGGACCGUACCCUUGCAGAUGCGUUUGAUGAUAAUGACAAUAUGGAAGAAGACACUCGAGAUGGCGUGCAGAUGCGCGCUGCACUUAAUACGACUAGUUCAUCACCUACAACCACUCGGGCCCGAAGUAAUGCAGUUGUGGGACGCGUUAGUGGUAUGUCCAACACUGGAUCUGGUGUUGUUGGUAUUGGGUCUCCACCUGCGACUCGCAGGCGGGCCAGCGGGCGAUCAGUGGUUUCACGGUUUGCUGGUGCUCGCGUGCUGAGUGGCGACGGACAUGUGCGUGUGCGCCGACCUCCUGUUGAAGGAAUUUCUUAUGAAAAGCCGAGCAGCGACCAGGAGAACUGUGGCAUUAUUGCAACUGGUGUGUCGUCAAUGUAUACCAACAGCGAUGAAGAGAAGAAUGUAGAUGAGGAUGAGGAUGAAGCAAGUGGAAUGAGUGGUGGCAGCAGCUGCAGCGGACCUAUUGCAGAUAAUGAAGAUGACGAGGCUACUGCGGCUGCAGUAGCAGCAGCUGCUCAAAGAAUUGCAGGAUCAGUGUUACCUGGAAAGCGCAUGGUUACAGAGUCUGGUUUAUCCACACGACAACAGUUGAUGAUGAUGCGUCAAGUGCGGUCUACAAGUAAUCCUGGAAAUGGCAAUGGCCUAACUCCAGCAAACAGUUCCACGGCUGGAAACAUAUCAGGGGCUGCUGUGACGACGUCAGCAACUGUUGUUUCCGUUGUUACUAGUGGCAAUGGCUCUGGCAAUGGCAAGUAUGGAGACAUUGGAUAUGGAGAGGGUCCUGCUCGCCGGGUACAGCGAGUAACAAGUGGGAAUGGUGUACGUAAGACGAGUGGAAAUAGUGCUCGUCACAAGAGAUGA